CCCAUUCCGACACUUUUUUCCUGCUUCACACGAACUGUCAAACAAGCAGCUAGCAAAGUGAAGAAAUUGUGCAAAAAGAUUAUGUUGUAAGAUCCUCUCCGCUGUGUGCCUCCGUUGUGCUAGUUUUACCGAUAUUCCUGUGCAUUACCUUACACUAAUUACAAGCUCACCGUCAGUGUUUCGCGAUUGUUAUACAGAAGAUCCUUUAAGAAAACCUCCCCGCAGCCAACAGUGUGCGUGUGUGAGUGCGUUAUGGUUUAGGUGCAAAUCAACCCCAUCAUCAUCGUAACCCAGGGGGUGCGUCUUCAUUCGACGGGGUACCUUUUCGGGGGCAGCAAAACGUACACCAGUUUUAGCACAAAAAAACUGUGUACAAUGGCAUUGCAAAACCUUGCCAAGUGUGACCGAGGUCGGCGGAUGGCGUAGUAGCGCCGCACGGCAACGAGUGUUUGUGCCGAAGUGGCAGUGUGUGAAAAAGCGUGAAAAGAUGUGAAAAACCGCAACAUCUUACUAGUGGUGUGUUUUGGAGUACGUAAAACCAGUGCCCUUCUGCUUCUAGGAAGCUUCCCCGAAGCAACAUCGAAGAUUUAACAAUUGAAUCCCUGCGCUGCACCAGCAGGCCUGUGGGUCAGGAAAAACACAACAACCUUGAUCCGUUGCCGUCUGUACGUCAGAGAGCGUACGAGCGUUGGGGUGGGUGGCCCGGGCCAAGGUCCACGGGCACAGGCAGGCAAAUCACCCAACCAGAGCAAAAAACGCAAAACCACAUCGUAGUAGUCAGUAGUCGGCGGCAGAGUGGUGGUUGCUUUUGGCUGUUUGGCGAGCCAGGAGUACGGUCAAAGGAUGCGCGAUCGCGUGUUUGUUUACGGCAUUACCAAGGGCCAAGGUGUGUAGAAAAAUAAACAAAACGCACCUCACGGCAGUCCCUGUAAACCGCCCUCGAACGUCGACAGGCCCCCCCGUACACAUAGUAGCUGAUCUGAUAGAGUAAUUUGAUCUUUGCUAACAGAUUAUACUAGAGCUUAACAAGGGAAUGUGUUGAACGCCCGAUAAGUGAAAAGCCGUGUGAAACUGGAUGCCUGGUAUGUGUUGUGUUAGAACGAAAGUAAGAAGAAAUUGAAACACACAAUCGCAGUCGCAGCCGCUGUUACGAUUAUUUAUCGCACAGCAGAAUUGAGGUGCCAAUCAAAAGCGCAUUGCAACAUUCCUAGCUGCUGCUGCCCUUUUUGUGUAAACUGUGUGCGAUCCAAAAUCAAGAUUUCAACGCUUUCUAGCGUUCUAGAACCGUAGUGAAAAUGCACGGCGCAGAUGAACAGCAGCAGCACCAGUGAGGCUAACACAGGAAGCUUAAAUAAAACAACGCACGAAACGCACGCACGCACGCACGUAUCAUCUGGACUAAAGGCAUCAUCACGACGGUUCGAUCCGGGCGAGCAAAAUGGGAAGCGUGUGGAAGCGGUUGCAGCGCGUCAACAAACGGGCGGCCAAAUUUUCCUUCACCGUGUCCUACCAUGAGCUGUUCAUGGAGACGACCGCCAAAUGGCGCCCCAAUAAACUGCACGUCGUGUGGACACGCCGUUCGCGACGCGUCCAUUCGAGUGCGCUCGAAUGGCAACCGGAUCUAAUCAACCCGCUCAGCAGCACCAUGUCCUGGCCGAUGCCGGACAACCACACGAUCGCCGUAACGCUCUUCAAAGACAUCCGGACGCACGAGCUGGAGGACAAAGAUUGGACGUUCGUGCUGGAGGAUGUAUCGCAGCUCGGGAAGAAACGGGCGCUGGCAACGGCGACGAUCAACAUGCGCAAGUACGCAAGUAUCGAGUCAACCCAGCAAACGUUCACCCUGCGAUUGCGUCCCGUUUCGAAGAAAAUAUUAGCGGCCAACCUGGAGCUCACGCUGAGCUGUGUGUUUCUGCGCGAGGGUAAAGCGACCGACGAAGACAUGCAGAGCAUUAUCUCGCUAAUGUCCGUCAACAACGUGUCGGACAUUGCGCCGCUCGACGAUCUCGAGGACAUACCGGACCUGGAGAAUUCGAUCGAUUUUUCCGAAAACAUGUCCGAGCUAACGAACCAACUCGAGCAGCUGACGACGAGCCUAAACAGCUCGGAGCUGCUAACACCGAUGAGCGGUGUACCGUCGCUACUCUCCGACGAUCAAACACCGAUCGUGUGUGGAUCGCGCGAAAUGUUCCUGGAUAUGUUGCAAGGCCGCGAGGACGAAGCAAAGCGAGAACUGGACGAGAAUGAGAACAAGCACUCACUGCACCGACCGAAAGAAGAGGGUGGUGAGGCGGGUGCACAACCAUCAUCAUCAUCGUCUCCUAGUCAGCGGGAAAGCGAACCCAGCCACAUUAUCCCGGAAACGGUACGUGCGUUAGCCGAGCGGGAAGAUGAAGAGGAGGACCAGCUGGACAAACAGCUCGAUGCGUUGGGUGUGCUGGAAGAUGAAGAGGAUAAUGACGAUGCGUCCGGCCGCUCAACACCGAUCGUGGCGGCAUCCCAUCGUCUGCCAACACCGGAACCGAUUGCAAUACAAACGGAGAAGAGCUCGUCUCCUCCCGAGCCACCGCAAGCUUCACCCUACGAUGGCAAGUCGUUCAACAGCAGCCGGUCCGAUCUGAAACCGCUUAACUUAGUCAAGAGCUACGAUCACGAACCGAGCGAGGGGGAGAAGCACAGCACAACGUCUGCCUCCGAACAGGAAGCAGCAGACGAAACUGCGGAUGUGUCGUUGGUUCCACCGAUACGGACGGUACCGUUGCCACUGUCGGUCGGUGGAGAACUGCUAAAACCGCUCGGCACAUUAAAGGACAGUACGCCGGGCCAGGAUUUGCUCGAAUGGUGCAAAGAGGUGACCAAGAACUAUAACGGCGUGAAAGUGACAAAUCUGACGACGAGCUGGCGCAACGGGAUGGCGUUCUGUGCGGUGAUACAUCAUUUCUAUCCUAAUCUUAUUGACAUGACUAAACUAUCACCGGGCAAUGUGAUCGAAAACUGUCGAACGGCAUUCGAUGCGGCAGAGAAGCUUGGCAUUCCGAGAGUGAUUGAACCGCGUGAUAUGAAUUUGCUCGCCGUGCCGGAUAAGCUGGCCGUCAUGACGUACCUUUACCAGCUGCGAGCACACUUUACCGGUCAUCAGCUAGAAGUCCAAUCGAUUGGUGAAACAACGGACGAUUCCAGCUACGUGAUCGGCAACUACAAAUCCGACAAACUGUGUAAAAAUCUGCUCAACCUAACGGACAUCAUCACGCCCAAUAGUGACGAUGCGUUGGGCUCGAAGGCCGAUUCGAAGGCGGCCCUGCUGGCCAACUCCAAACACUUGCUGGGACGCGUACUAUCCCCAACCAAAGAUAAGCUGCCCAACUUUCCCUUUAGCCUGCUGGACGGGCCACUCGGUCCGGGUCAUGUGGCCAGCAAUGGGCCCACCAAUGACGAGCAUUCUAACAGCAGGCAGCCAACGAACGGUCUGACGAGUGGCCAUCAAAGCAGCGCAGAUAGUAGCUCCACCGCAGUAAGCGAGGAAGAAAGUACGGACCAUCACCACGUUGCUACGGCGGUUGAUAGCAGCAAUAGUAGCGCGGCGACUGUCAAUGGAACAAGCGCUAGUCCCAAGGAGGAGGAUAGUGGUAGUACGGAAACUAGUAGCACCGCACCGGAGGAUGGAACGUCCUCGUCGGACUCCCAAAGACGUGCCCAAAUGGAAAGCAAGCUGCUGCAGUCCGGUGGUGAUGAUGAAGAGAUUCAAACAUUACCUCAAACGUUGGACAUAAACAAAGCGAACAAAUUGAUUUUACGGCACAAAGAAAUGAGCGAACGGGCCAAGCUCAUGAUAGAACGGCUUAGAUCGUCGCACGUAGAUAGCAAAGGUGACAAGGAUGCAGCCGAACGACAGGCUAGGCUGCGUGAGGAGGCCCGCAAGUUGAUUGCCGGUGCGAAGCUAAAACUGUCCGGCCUCGAUUCGCCAUCCUCACCGACGAAGCUGUUUCCCUCGUCCGGUGGUCGUCAGCCGGCACCGCUUUCCCCCGAUCGGGCCAUCUCACCCAUCAACAAUGGUUCGGAGUUUAUCUUUCCCACCGGUCAUCAUCAUGCGCACCGGAAGGAUGUGCUUUCGCCCGGCCAGCAGGAUACGAAUGGGAAGGAUAGUAAUGGUCACAACAACUACAAGACGGCAGACUCUAAUCACCAUCUGCUGAAGCGCGGUACACCGUCGCCGAGCAAGUUGAUUGAGUUUAUGGGACCAAAGAGUGACGAUGACGGUGGACAGGUGGAACGUGUAAACUACAUUCAAAGUGAGCUUAACAAAUUGGAACGCGAGCAGGAAGCUAUCGAUCUGAAGGCGAACGCUCUCGAGAAGAAACUACGCGCUGUGAUGGGUGGAACGAUGACUAACGUUUCCGAAACCGAAGACCAACUGAUGUCCCAAUGGUUCACGCUGGUGAACAAAAAGAACGCACUACUUAGGCGGCAAAUGCAGCUUAAUCUACUUGAACAAGAGAAUGAUCUUGAGAAAAAGUACGAAAUGCUUAACAUGGAGCUGCGAGCCGCCCUCUCGAUCGAGGACUGGCAAAAGACGGAGGAGCAGCGUGAGAAGGAAGCACUGCUGCUGACGGAAUUGGUAGCGAUCGUCGACAAACGGAACGAGCUGGUGCAGAACUUGCACAGCCAGGAACAGGCCAUCGAGGAUGAUGACGAAAUUGAAAGGAAGCUAGAGACGGUAGAUAUUAACCAGAAGGACGAAAAGUGUGUCAUCCAGUGAACUGACUUCUUCUAUCCCUACCAUGUUCGGAGGACGAAAGGACUUACACACGCAACAUCCGACGCUCGUACAAGUACAAUCAUCGUUUAGCACACGACGUGACACGAUACACAUACCAGCAGCCUACAUAGGAGAAAACACAUACAACUACAAGUAGAGGGAGAGAGAGACAGAGAGAGAGAGACAUUUCCGUUCCCGGGUUUUGAAUUCCGUUUUGCGUAAUCAAUUCCGUCCGUUUGAUAUACACGCCGCGUGCCGUGCGCGUUUUUUGUUUUGUCUGUGUGUGUGUUCUUUAGUGCGUGUGUGUAUAAUAUGUACAAGUGCUUGUAUUCAUAUUGGACAGCAAAUGGUAGUUGUGUUUUAAAGGAUGUGAACCGUAUCGUAUAUCAACCCUUAAUCGUCUCGCAGAUUGAUCGUUUCAUCCGCUGAACACCUCGCUCGCGAUGCAAUAAUGCUGGUGUGGAUGUGAGUUUGUUGUGUGCCAGUUUAUAUCAAAGAACGAGCAGGAACAGGCUUUCCUUUCAGUGGACGAAUAUCUUACGUGUCAUGACAAACCUUUGUGUGUGUGAGUGUGUGCCCUGUACCGUUCAAUGUUCCAUAUUAACAAACCACUUGUUCGGCAUUGUUUCAACGUACAGAUGAAACGAAACUCUGCUACGCCAAACUAAAAUUGGGUCCCAAGUGCAAACGCUUCUAUUUAUUGCAAUAAUACAUUAGCUGUGUAGGUUUUUACUAUUAGCUUUCCGUUAUCGCGUUCACGACCGAUUUGUUUGAGUUGUUCGUAUUCUUUUGGGAAUGAUAGGAAGCGAUACCCGGCAAGAAAACGGGGGGAAAAGAGCGUCACGAACAAGUGCACUACUAGGAAAGUAGGGUCAACAGAGUCAGGAGGACGAGGGCUAAACGCUAAACUAAAACAGUAACGUAAACUUACUCAAAGUGAUAUUAGUACGAGAGGCAAAUCGAGUGAGCGUUUUUUACACCUAUAUAUGAUUAGAAUCGUUUUAUUACUAAUGCCCUCGGUGCUGCCUUUUCACCGAAACUAAAAGGGAGAUGGCAGGCCGCGUGUGCGGUGGGGGAAAAACCCCAUCCUAGAAAGGAUUUCCAUUUUAUCUAUCUUAUUGAAGGGCUGAGUAGCUCUAUUAUGACUAGCUUUUCCUCUAUCUAAUGAAGUAGUUUUCAUCAAGUUUUAGUAUUCUUUUUUUAUUUUUUGGAUCACAUUGCGGAUUAUUUUCUUUGUUCAUAUAUAAAUGUAGUCAGGUUACAGGUCAGGUACAGUACGGGGAAGAGAUUUUGUGUGGUGGAUGUUGUGGAAAAGUCUGAACUGCGGGCUUAAUAUCAUUCAGUCUGUUUGGGGUCAUAUUUCAGCUUACCAUCUAGCGCACUUGUCAAAAGCAACCAGGUCUGUAAUGCACAUUUAUCACCCCAAUCUCUGCUACACCAUAUAAUGCCGAGCAAAAGAAUAUUCUAGUCAUAGCGGAAGGGAAAUACCAAUUGUUUUUUGACCACGGAGAAAGAACUGGUAGAGGGAGGGUUUACUUAAAGCUUUCAAUUUAUAACUCAUUUUUCUAACUUACUGGUGAAUGGGAGCAUUUGGUUGGAUGCCGCUUUCUGUGAGAGGUUAAACGAUUAGCAUACAACUUUAGUAGGAUUACUACUGCUACUACUUAUGAGCUUGCGAUUUUCUUCAAAUUCAGCUUACAAGCAAAUGGGAAGAGAUCGAAUCGAGCAAUGUGGUACAAGAGUGUUUAUCCUACAGCCAAAGAAGACAAUGAUGUUGUGCACGGUGGAGGGAGUUUUGAAGUUGAAUUUUUCAUUUUUUUAACUACUUUAAUCUGUCAACUGUGAAGCGCUCAAUGUGAAAGAGAUUUUUAAGCUAAUAGUAGGAUCGAGAUAAUGAUCAUCCCCCACCACACCACGAUUCAGUUCACUUUACUUCGGCUGGCACGAAGAGAUAACCACCAAGAUUGAUGAUGCACUACCUGAAUUGAGGCAGAGGCGAACACGUUCGGCUUGCUUUACUUCCCUGCCGAUCGACGAAUGGCAGAUCACGAUGGGCUGCUUACGUACCGGUACUGUUUACCCACCUUUAAUCGCUCGUUUAGAAACUAGCAUUUCACAGCUCAUGCUCACCAUUCGUUUGCUAAACACUACUCAAACUGUACGCGACAAUAGCUAUGUGCAGCGAUCCCCGCACACCAGCAACCUGGUUGAUGAACAAUCUGUAUCUGCUAACGUGUGCGGACAUCUCCGUAGCUAAAGUAUAAUCAUCAUAAUAAUACAUCCCGAAUACGGUAAGCUCCAAAACAGGGACUACCAAAUCAGUAAAUUAUUAUCAUCGUAAUCAAACCCACAACCGUCGAAUGGCUUUCAAUCACCCGCAACACACACACACGCAAUCGGAGAAAAAACUCGUUAAAAUAAUGCAAAGGAAAUUGGGAAAUUAAAUAAAGCAGCGAACAGUAAGGUAAAACAAAGUAUGACUUUGAGCCUUAUUGGUAGGCUGCGCACUAGCAGUAACGGAACAAUAUAUGCAUAGAGUAAGAGGAUGGAGCUAAAAAUCGAAUAGAAGCACAUUGUCUCUCAUAUUGGCGCCCAGGAAGCGGAAGCAAGAAACGGAAUGAUGAAAACAUAUUUUUAGACAUUAGCAAAAAUGAUGCAGAAAACGGCACGCCGUAACGCCACAUUUCGAUCGCAUAAACCUAAUAACGCUACACAUCACUGCGGAGCACAUGAGCUAGAAAAAACGUCUAGAAGGAAAAAGAGAAACCCCGAAAAGAUGUGUAAACUAAUCGGCGGAAUAGUACGAUGGCGAUAUUUUUUUGGAACUAAAAAACUAACAACAGUGGAAAAAAAAAACAAAGCUUAAACCGAUAGGAGAGCAAGGCAACUGCAAAGGUGAUUAAGAUAGUAGAGGAAACCCUGGAAGAAAGGAGGGAAGAUUACCAUCACAGAGCUGUAUUUAUAUAUGUAUGUAUCGUAUAUAUAUACACCAACACACACACAACCAUUUGCGUACUUCUAGAAUGAGUAUAUAUAUACUUAUACAUAAAGAAAGGAAACAAGAAACCAUAUACAUAUAUACAUAUAAAUAUAUUUUUUCUCAUACUAUAUUCAUACACUCAUUUCGCUAUGAGAAGAGACGCUAUAUGUAAAUUGUAGGUUUCCCCUGAUCGAACGCACCCAGCGCCAACCACACAAGUGUUUGCGUGACAGCGGACGGGAGAAAAAUUGCUUGCGGGGUUGUAAUAAAUCGGAUGCAGAAGAAAAA